UUUCCCUCUUCUCACUUCCCUCUCAUUUUCACUUCCUUUUCCCCAGCGAGGUAGCUCCAUGGCACCACAGUCCGUGUUCGAAGACUGAACCAGGCCUGAGAAGAUCGUCCGUGUUUGAAGAACAACACCUCAUCGAAGCUCUAAACCAGGCCGGAAUCUUCACCGGCGAGUGUAGCUCUCUGUCACCGUGUCCAUAACUCUCUCUCCCUUUCCCAGGUACAAUAUUAUCUCCCAGAUGGCACAAGAAACACAGGAUGUUGACGAGAAAAAGUGGCCUCCCCACAUUGAACAUCUUUUCAUUGACCUCAUGGUCGAUGAACAACAAAAGGGGAACAUGGAACAUGGUGUCUUUAAGGCCAAAGUUUGGUUAUCAAUUACGAAAACCCUAAAUGAGCAAACUGGGAAGGGUUUCACCCCUAAGCAAGUGAAAGACAAGCAUAAUAGGCUUAGGCAAAAACAAAGAAAGUGGGGCCAGCUUUUGAGGCAUACCGGGUUGGGGUGGGAUGAGACAACCCAAACGGUGACUGCUUCUGAUGAGGUGUGGGCUAACGUGAUUGCGGGGGAUAAUAAGGCAGCUACAUUACGGAAGAAAUGGUGUCCUAAUUACGAGAAGCUCAAGCAACUUUUUGCCCCUAAUACUGCAAUUGGUUCCCUUCAAAUUUCCUCAAACACGCCAGCCCCAGAUAGUGAUGAAGAGCGUGUCCUGGAAGAGGAACUUGCCAAUGAGGAACGUGAGGCACAUCGUAUCUAGUUGGAUGAUGAUGAUUGCUACAAUCCCAACAUGGAGGGCGUAACCCAAGACGAUCCCACUGUUGAUGAGCAAACCCAAUGCACGGACAAACGUCCCAUGGAAGAGCCUACUACCAAGGGGGAGAAGGUUGCCAAGAAGAAUGAUAGGGCUAGUGAGAUGACCAUGGCUCUUCAAGAGUACACUGCCUUGGCAAGGGAAAGGUUUUCCAAAAAAAAGGGAAAGUCUUUUGGUAGCUCUAAUCAUGUUGCACAACCUGUCAGUGGUGGCGAUCCUUGCACACUUGGGAGAGCUUUAGAAGUGCUGAAUCAGUAUACUAAUCUUGAUGAUGACACCUACUUUAAUGUUGCCGAGGCUCUCCAAAAGAAGGAGAAAAGAGUGUUGUUCAUGGGCAUGCCCGAGCAAAGGAGGAAGAGGUUUUUGGAGCGCUACGCUCAGCAGCCGGAUAAUUAAUGGGGAUUGCUUUUGUUCUACCUUUUGUUAUGUGACACUCUAUGUGAAUCACUUGGUUUAGUUUUUUUCUUUUUGAGAAAACACUUGGUUUACUUUUUAAGUAUCAUUUAAGGACUUUAUGUGUGUGUGCUUGGACAAUAUUCGACGUUUGGUUUUAUUUCUCUUUGCUAUCAAUUGAACACUUUUAUUUAAUGUAGUUUUAUUGUAAUGUUAAAGUGUUGUGAACUAUGCUUGUGAUUAUGGUGUUACUUAAAUUAGUGUGUGGGCUUUGUUA